UUCCAUGCACCUGAAAUGGGGGUGGUGACUGUGACGUGCUUUGGUUCCACGGUUGUCGGGGCCAGUCUGCGGCUGCUGCACCUUGGGGAGCUGCACAUGCGCUGCUCCAGCAGGGCUGAAGGAGACAGCAAAAUAAUAAUGCUGCCUUUCAGCACUUAUCGAGCAUGGGUCUUCAUGGUUCUGCUCCUGCUUUGUAGCGUCCAUUCACUUCUUGCAGUACCAAUUCAGCCUGGUUCAGAACAGAGUGCAGAGGCAAGCAGCAAACCUAACAUGACAGUGAAGGGUGUAUUUGAAUCUUUCUUAAGCUUCUUCAGACCAAUGACUUGCCGCCUCAGCAAUGAGCGACUUUUAACUCCUUGUCCUUUAGAAGGCCUGAACAUGUCUGAAUGCUCAAAAAUUUACUGCUGUCCUUUCAAAAUUGGCCAGGAUGAGCAGUGCUACAUGCCAGUGAGAGAUGAUGUGCAGCUGGCCAUUCGAGUGAUUUUGCUUACCGGAGGAGGAUUUUUGAUUUUGGGAUUGCUACCAAUCUGUUGCUGUGCCUUUUUACAGAGAAGUCCAUGUAUCAAUCCUUUACAAAAGAUAAGCAAAAAAGUUCAGAAAAUUGCACGGGAAAAAAGAGCAUGUGAUGAAAAGACUCAUGAUGAAGAGAUUCAUCGCCACUUACUGGACUGACGUAAGAAAGAACCAAAAUAAUGAAAAAAAGAAGGCAUAUAGGAACAUCCACCUGAUCCUGAAGAUCAAGCAGAAGACACCAGGAUUAUUUGACUAUCUCCUAGAAAAUGACAUGUUUUAUUUUAACAUUGAAGUAAUACAAAGUUGUUAACCCUUGAUAGUAUUAUUGAUUUUGCAGUAAAAGUUUUUUUCAUUCUA